AUGUCAGUCACCAGGUCCCAGCCGGCGAUUCUUGGCCAGGACUCAGUGAUCAUGGGCACAGCUGACGGGAGAAACCUGUGUGUAAGCAACACAGGUCUCUCUCCUGUCAGCAUGGACAAGCUGCUUUAUAUCUCUCUGCACAGCAGAGAGAUACAAAGCAGCAUGUCUCCCUUGUAAAACAGCACACAGAACACUUGUAAAGCACACACACAGCACACAGUAAAACAGCACACAGUUAACCCCUUCCUGCCCAAUGCUAUUAGUACAGUGUCAGUGCUUUUUAUUAGCACUAAUCACUGUAUUGGUGUCACUGGGGAUGUCAGUGACAUCAAGUCAGUUCCUCCCAAGUGUCAGAAUGCCUGUCGCAGUCCCGCUA